CGCAGUCCCAGCUGCGACACCGAUCGUGUCGGAUGUUUGCUGUGCGCGUGACGCCGACUGGCUGACUGGUAGAGUCCCAGGAACACUUUUGCCGAAACUGAACGGCCGAGCGGUCGUUUCCGGUCGGUAUCGAGUAUCACGCGCGCUCGCGGCAGCUCGAUCCACGCUUCAACGAGUGAGACAAUCGUAGGUCGACCGCGCGGAGUGUCGUCGCACGUUGCGCGCCGCAUUGUGUCACGACGUACACCGAGUCAUCGGGCCGAGAAGGACGGACGGACUGAAGGAGGAAAGGAGAGAGCGCGAGAGGGAGUGUGCAUCGAAGGGCGUGAGAGGGAGGGAGCGAGCGACGGAGAAGCAGCGACCGGGUGCCGUAGCGGAGAAAGGAAAGGCGGAAGGAUUAUAUAUUCGGACAACAUGGCCACCGCGAUCGACGACCGGCAGGAGCUGUUGGAGCAAUUCCAGGCGAUUGACGCGAACGGGGAUGGCUUCAUCAACGUCACCGAGUUGCGAAACGCUUUGGACGUUUGCGGCUUCAAAAUGCCAGGCUACAAGGUGCGUCAGAUGAUCGAGGAGUACGACGAUAAGCAGCGACUAGAGCACAAAGGUCGGCUCUCCUUCGAGGAAUUCGAGAAGCUCUGCAAGGAACUCAAGGCCAACGAACUGGGUUCCACGUUUAAGCAAGUCGUAUCGAAGAAGGAGAACCUCGAGACUCUAGGUGGUAUUUCCGAGGCGUCGAGCGAAGGAACCACGCAUUCCGUCAGGCUCGAGGAACAACUGGCGUUCAGCGAUUGGAUAAACACUAAUCUGUCGCACGAUCCUGACUUGAAGCACUUGCUGCCUAUCGACCCCGAGGGAAAGACACUCUACGAUAAGGUCAAAGAUGGAAUAUUGCUCUGUAAAAUAAUCAAUCACUCUUGCCCGGACACCAUCGAUGAACGCACGAUCAACAAGAAGAACUUGACGCUAUACAAGAAGCAUGAGAACUUAACGCUGGCUCUAUCCUCGGCCCAGGCUAUUGGCUGCAACAUCGUAAACAUCGACGCCCAUGACCUCACCAAAGGUUCGCCUCAUUUGGUGCUGGGUCUGCUCUGGCAAAUCAUCCGAAUCGGCUUGUUUAACCAGAUCACCCUCGAGAACUGCCCUGGUCUGGCCACUCUUCUGCAAGACGGCGAACGAAUCGAAGAUCUAUUGAAGCUCUCUCCGGAGUCCAUUCUUCUCAGAUGGGUGAACCAUCACUUGGAGAAUGCCGGCAUUGCUAGGCGGUGCAACAACUUCCAGUCUGACAUCACGGACUCUGAGAUUUACACUUAUCUCAUCAAACAGAUUGCACCGAACUCAACCGGUGUCACCUUGGAAGCUCUGAUGGAACCGAACCACAUGUCUAGGGCGGAGAUUAUGCUCCAGCAAGCUGCGAAACUGGGCUGUCGUACUUUUGUGACACCUAGCGAUGUCGUAAAUGGCAUUUACAAGCUCAACUUGGCCUUUGUCGCCAAUAUGUUUAACAAUUAUCCUGGGUUAGACAAGCCAGAAAGCAACAUCGAAGGUUUAGAGUCUCUAGAGGAGACACGAGAGGAAAAGACGUAUAGAAACUGGAUGAACUCGAUGGGCGUGUCGCCACACGUCAAUUGGCUCUACUCAGACCUCGCUGAUGGUCUGGUGAUCUUCCAGUUGUACGACAUCAUCAAACCAGGCACUGUGAAUUGGAACAAGGUUCAUAAGAAGUUCACGAAACUUCGAAAGUUUAUGGAGAAGUUGGAAAACUGCAAUUACGCCGUCGAACUAGGCAAGCAAAUGAACUUUUCGCUCGUGGGCAUCGCCGGGCAGGAUCUCAACGACGGAAAUGCAACUCUGACGUUGGCUCUGAUAUGGCAAUUGAUGAGGUCAUACACAUUGUCAAUUCUGACGUCUCUGGCUGGUACUCAGGGAAGUACCUUUGUGGAGAAAGAAAUUGUACAAUGGGUGAAUUCGAAACUCCAAGCGGCUGGCAAGGCCAGUAGUAUCAAGGGAUUUCAGGAUUAUUCAAUAUCGGAUGGCAAAGUUGUCCUCGAUCUCAUCGACGCCAUCAAGCCCGGUUCGGUUAACUACGAUCUCGUCAAGGAGGGCGGAACUGAAAAUGAAAGUUUGGACAAUGCAAAGUACGCGAUAUCUUUGGCGCGGAAGUGCGGAGCGCGUGUCUACGCGCUGCCGGAGGACAUUACUGAAGUGAAGCCGAAGAUGGUGAUGACGGUGUUCGCUUGCCUGAUGGCGAUGGAUUACAUCCCGAAUAUGGACUCCGUGAAAAAUCAACAGAACAACGUAAACAACGGCCAAUAAUAUCGGCACACACCAAUCCAUGUCCCAUCUAACACGUGCCGUUUAUCUUUUUGUACACAAGAACUUUUGGUCGAAUCGCGCCACCUCACGCCUCUUCCACGAGCGUAAUAUUUGUAUAUACGUAGAUUAAGUUAAUUUGAUUCGGACAGAAUAUUAAGGAUUAUUACUGCUAGGAAGAAUUCAUAAGACGAGAAGGGGAACUCCUUGGAUUCCUGACGAGCUAUCAUUUGAUCCCCGUUUGUUUGUUGAACGAAUAUCGUGUGAGAUACAUCAAGAGUACCAAGAUCAUUGGUGAAAGACAUUAUAUUAAUAUACAAUUUUGAUAUUUCUUAUUGAACCAUACGAUUAUGUCUAUAUAGUCAGUUAUCUGUAUGUGCGAUAUAAGGAUUCAAAAUUUUUAAUAACAUUUAGGUAGAUCUUUUAUUAUGGAAUAUACGGCGAUAAUAAUUUUGAUUAUAAGUAUUCAAGAUUCAUGGUAUAUCGAAUACUUCUCGUGCCAGAAAGUGUAUUUACUUAUGAGAUAAGUAGGGUACAGGUUGUCAUGAGUAAGUCGUUCGAAUUGGCACUAUUUAUUCUAAACACUGUUCUACUACAUGCGACUGAUUAUCGUGUCUUACCGUGCGAAGUGGAAUUCUCCUUCUCCAUCGUUUAUGCAAUCAUAUCAUUCGUUUUCACAUUACUACUAAUAUCACGUCAGGUUUGUAUAAAUCGAUUUUAUAUCAAAUAUUCAUACAGCGAGGAAAUAGAAAAGUACGCUAGAAACCAUCGAAAAAUAUUGAAAGUGCAUCCUCAAAUAUUCAUUCUAAUUAUAUGGGAUAUGCCAGUGUUAAUUUUAACAAUACAUUCCUUCAGAAAAGCUUUAAUUUCAGGCCUGCCAGCAAACUUAUUGAUUAUUGAAUCUAAAAAAUAUAAAUUAUAAUAAAUUAUAAUUUUCCCAGGGGUUUUCUCCUCGAAGAGAGAAGAUUGAAAAUGAUGUUUGAUUUCAUCAAGAUUUGAUCAAAAAUUCUGCAAUGUCUUAUAUGUACGAGGUGCGUCCCAAAAGUAUCCGACCUCUGCAUAUAUCUUUAUCCAUGGGCAUCCUAUUGUGGAAAACAGGUAUUCAGUAUUUAAGGUGGACCUUUAAAAGUACCCCCACCAAACGGUACGACCCAACACCUGUUAAGUCGGCAACGGUACGCAGUUGUGUGAGCGUCGAAAAUUCCGAGCGUCGCAUUUUACAAUGACUGAACGAGUCGAGCAGAGAAUUUGUAUUAAAUUUUGCCAAAAACUUGGCACUCUCUUAAAUAACUCUGGAUCUUUGUUGAUAAACCCUAGGAUGUCGUUGACAAUUUGACCUCGAGAAUUCUUUUGUUCUUCCGUAGGCACUCAUGGAACGAAUUAAUUAAAUACCUGAAUACCUGUUUUCCACAAUAGGAUGCCCAUGGAUAAAGAUAUAUGCAGAGGUCGGAUACUUUUGGGACACACCUCGUAUACAUCUUAAGCAGCUAAAUCUUGUCCCGCACGUAGAACAAUAAUUUAACAUUCAAAUUAUACAGUGCAGUCAUAAAUAUAUAACUUAACAUGAGGUAUACAUACGUAUUUGAUAAUCUAGAUGUAAGAGAUUUGUGAUCUAUUUAAACGGUUAUUUUCUCGCGCUCUCAGUGAUUCACGGUGUUUGUCAGAGGGCCGUGGCGGUCUAAAACUUCUUAGUUGACUAUUUUUCUCGCACAUUAAUAUCGUAUGAAUGCAUUUUAUAUCCAGUGUAAUUUACGAUGGCUGUACAAACUAUAAGUAUAUCUUAUAUCUUUACUUGUAUAUUACAUGAGAAUAUUGAUGACUUUUUACACAGUUUGUUUGGCACUAAACGAAUUAAUUCCUGAAAUAGGAAGAGGGAGGCCUUUUGAUACUUCACUCAUGAAAUCUGCCUUCUCGCUAGCGCAGCAAUAGUUCUGUGUCACUAACAUAUUCAACAUAAUGCAUAUUCGAAAACUAUCAGUCGAUUAUUGAUCGUGUAAAUGCACAGUGAAUAAUAAUUAUGUUAUCAUGUUGACGCACAAAAAUAAUUGUAAUCGUGCCAUUUUAAGUGAAUUGAAAUCUAAAACAUGAUUCAAUAUUAACAAUAUAUUUAUAUUCGAUUCGGAUCAAAUCGUACUUAUGGAUCUAAAGAUGAAACAAUGUUCGUGAAUGCUCUUCGAGUUAAAAAAAACACAGAUUUUUCUCGAUUUUGCGUAUCUUUGCGACAUACAUAUUUCGUUGUAUAUGUAUAUGUAUAUAUAUAUAUAUACAUAGAUUGAGGAAUUAGUUUUUUUUAAAAGAAAAUGCUCCCUUUACAACCAAGCGAAUGAUCAACUGCAAGAUGAACGGAAGCAAAAGUCCUUUUAAAAAUAUUUUGGGACGAACCUUAUUGUAGUGAGUGUAAUUAAUUGAUUUUUGUGCGUUAAAUUUUAGAGAUUGUUGCAAGGAAUGGAUAUUAGAUGAGAAAGAAUUUAGCAUGCUUCUUGCAUUUAUUGCAAUUAUGUAGUCGUUGACUUAAAUUACAUCAAUGUGGAUCAAUUGUUAAUUCUAAACGAACGCUGAACGUAAUAUAUGUGAGAAAUUAUCUACAAUGAAUCAAGUGCAAUGCAUAUUAUCGCGAGUUGCAUAGGUAUAAUAUACUUCUAUUACUUCUCCAAACUUGUUUUCUUCUGUGGAUAUUAAAUUCGUUGUCUUUAUCAUUAAUGUAAUACCUAUUUAUUAAUACCAAAUUGCAUUAUUUCAAGAGGCAACGAAGUAGAUGUGAUUAUAAUACAUUUAUAUAAUAUAUGUGAAGAAAUUGGUCCAAGAAAGGGACAAGGAGCUGAAAAGUGAAAAUUAAUGUGACGCAGAUUUGAAACGUUUGUAUUAGCAUAAUGCGAUGACGCGAUUCCAAAAAUCUCGAGGGCCAUUUGCAAUUUGACUAAUUAGAAUUAAGUAUCGCAAUCAUUAAAUAACUUUCAAUUUACGAUCAUUGUAUACGUACACAUUUCAUGUAUAGACACAUACGCGCGUAUUAUACAUACAGAUACACGCACAUUUCAUAUUGUAUGUGUACGUGAAAAUGCGUCCAUUGUUCUAAUUAUAAUUUAAUGUACGCGUCAUUUAAUAAAAGAAAUUUGCUAUGUA